AUGCGAGGUAAGGCCUCAACUGAUUUUCCUUUUAACGCAGAACCCGAAAGAUAUUUGCGUGCUAGACUCCGACAAGCUAAACGAGAAAGACUGGCAGAAGUAGAAAGAGAGGAAGAAACCACUGUUCACUCUAAACAUUCAGAUUCUGAGUCAGACACAGGUUCACAACCAGAAGUUCAUAUCAUGGCUGACUUACCUCCUCCGGAAAGACUUUUGGGUGAUUAUGGCAGAGAAAAUAAUCCAGCAGUGAGAUUGACAAUAGUCAAUCAACCGACAAAGCAACUUAUUGAUACAGCUACCGGUGGCUCAACUAAUUUCUCAACAGCCACUGGUAUUAAGAAGAUUAUUGAGGCUAUUGCUGCUAAUGAGCAUUUGGAGCUCUAUGAUCGUACUGUGAGUCAACCUGAAGGAAAAAUUGAUUUAAAACUGGCAAAUCAGGUUGUGAACAUGGAAGAUCAAAUUAAAGCUGAAGUGGAAAGAAGACUGAAAGGUAUGAAUUUAGGUACUCAGACGGUAGCUCAAGUUCAACCUGCUCAAGCGAUGGUUUGUGAAAUCUGUGCUGGACCACACUUCGCCAUUCAUUGUGUUGCUACUGAGGCUAUAAAGUUCUUGAGGCAAAAUAACCCCUACUCCAACACUUAUAAUCCAGGGUGGAAAAAUCAUCCAAAUUUUCCGUGGAAGGAUCAACAGGGUAAUGUCCAAAAGCAAGUUCCUCAACAACAACAGUACAUGCCUCAACAACAACCACCUUACCAGCAACAAUAUCAGCCACCUCAGCAAUCCUAUCAACAACAAGGGCCGAAAAAAGCAGAUUGGGAGAUAGCCAUUGAAAAAAUGGCAGUGCAGAAUGUUAAGUUCCAGGAAGAGACAAGAAAUAACCAAAGGAACACUAAUGCUUCUAUCAAAAAUCUUGAACUUCAACUUGGACAGAUAGCACAGCAGAUCACAAGUUCUCAAGCACCAGGUGCUUUACCAAGUGCAACUGUGACAAAUCCAAGAGAGCAUAAUAAUGUGAGUGCAGUAACUACAAGAAGUGGAAAAACAACUGAAGCCCUUGAAAAGAAAGUUGAGGAAGAAGAUACAUUACUUGAAGUGGAUCUUGAAAUCUUAGAAAAUAAAACACCACCAAUAGAAGAAGUCAUAUUGAAGCCAGUUGUGAAGGAAAAGUCUACUGAGCAAAAGCCCAUAAUAAAGCUCCCAUUUCCACAAAGGAACAAGAAGCAGAAGCAGGACGAGAAAAACUUUCAGAAGUUUGUAGAAAUGUUCAGGAAGUUGGAAAUUAACAUCCCAUUUUCUGAGGCACUCGAGCAGAUGCCUAUUUAUGCCAAAUUCAUGAAAGACAUCAUAUCCAAGAAACGCACCACUGACACUGACUCUGUUAUACUAACUGAAACUUGUAGUGCUAUUUUGCAGGGUAUGAAGAUUCCAGUUAAAAAACCAGAUAGAGGCUCGGUUACUAUUCCUUGCACCAUUGGAGAUAGGUCCUUUAAAAGGGCUCUGAUUGAUUUGGGGGCUAGUGUAAGCCUUAUGCCUUUGUCCAUCUAUAGGAAACUCGGGAUUGGAAGAGUUCAAGACCCCAGAAUGACACUUCAAUUUGCCGAUCACUCAGUGAAGAAACCAUUUGGGAUUGUUGAAGAUGUUCUGGUUAAAGUUGAUAAAUUUGUUUUUCCUGUUGAUUUUGUAAUUCUGGAAAUGCCAGAAGAUGAGGAGAUACCCCUGAUCCUGGGUAGACCAUUUUUAGAGACAGGUAGAUGUAUGAUAGACAUUGAGAAUGGUACUAUGACUCUUAAGGUUUAUGAUGAGGAGCUGAAAAUUAAUGUGAGAAGCACUAUGAAGCACAAAGAGGAUGUAGGUACAAAUCACUCAGUGGAAGUGAUUAAUCAGAUAGUAGCCGAUAACAUUCAGAGUAGUUUUCCAGAAUCACCGUUAGAAAGAGUUCUGUGCUUGUCAACUGAGGAGAUGGAGGAGAGUGAUAAUGAGAAGGAAAAAGAAAUUCUUGCUUUACUUGAUGCACAACCACCUUGGUUGAAAUCCAAACCACACCGGUGGGAGGAUUUAAGAGGUUCACCAGAAACAGAAGGUGAAAAGGAAAACAAAACAGGUACAAGUUCUGAGUUAAAACAACUACCUGUUAAUCUUAAAUAUGUUUUUCUAGAAUCUGGAGAAAAAUGUCCUGCUAUCAUCAAUUCUAAGUUAAAUGAAAAAGAUGAAGAAAAGUUGAUACAGGUACUUAAGAAGCAUAGGAGUGCUAUUGGUUGGACUAUCGAGGAUAUAAAAGGAAUUAGCCCCACGAUGUUAGAGAGACUUGCAGGAUACGAGUAUUACUGUUUUCUGGAUGGAUAUUCGGGGUACAAUCAGAUUGCUGUAGCCCCAGAAGAUCAGGAGAAGACUGCAUUCACAUGCCCUUAUGGUAUUUUUGCUUACAGACGGAUGCCAUUUGGGUUAUGCAAUGCCCCAGCUACUUUUCAGAGAUCUAACUUGUCUCUUGUUUUGAAAAGGUGUCAGGAAACUAACCUUAUUCUCAAUUGGGAGAAAUGCCAUUUUAUGGUGCAGGAAGGUAUCGUGCUUGGCCACAAGAUUUCCCAUAAAGGAAUUGAAGUGGACAAAGCCAAAGUGGAGGUGAUAGCUAAUCUUCCACCCCCCGUGAAUGAAAAGGGGAUAAGGAGCUUUAUAGGACAUGCAGGCUUCUAUCGCAGGUUUAUCAGAGACUUCUCAAAAGUGGCUAAACCAUUAACUGAUUUGCUUGUUAAAGACAAGCCCUUUAAUUUUGAUAGUAAUUGUUUGGCAGCUUUUGAGACUUUAAAGAGUAAGUUGAGUACUGCACCUGUUGUAAUAGCCCCCGAUUGGUCAUUACCUUUUGAAAUAAUGUGUGAUGCUAGUGACAUUGCUGUGGGGGCUGUUUUGGGACAAAGAAAGGACAAACUAUUACAUGUGAUAUAUUAUGCUAGUCAUGUCCUUAAUCCGGCCCAAAUGAACUAUGCAACUACCGAGAAGGAGUUGUUGGCCGUGGUUUAUGCUUUUGACAAAUUUAGGUCUUAUUUGCUUGGGUCAAAAGUUAUUGUUUAUACUGAUCAUGCUGCUUUAAAGUAUUUGUUUGCUAAGCAGGAAUCCAAACCCAGACUUUUGAGAUGGAUACUUCUCCUUCAGGAAUUUGAUCUUGAAAUCAAAGAUAAAAAGGGGUGUGAGAAUACAGUUGCAGAUCACUUAUCUCGCAUGAACCCGAUUAAGGAAACUGAAGAGGAGCAUCCAAUCCAAGACACAUUUGCUGAUGAGAGAACCCUAGCUGUGACUGGAACCCCAUGGUUUGCUGACUAUGCAAAUUACUUGGUAGGUGGAGUUAUACCUGAUGAUUUUAGUGCUAACCAAAAGAAAAAGUUUCUCUAUGAUUGUAGGUUUUAUUUGUGGGAUGACCCAUUCCUAUACAAAAGGGGAGUGGAUGGCCUAAUCAGAAGAUGUAUUCCCGAAGGAGAGCAGAGAGAUAUACUGAAGGCUUGUCACGAUUCUGAGUAUGGAGGACACUUUAGUGGAGAUAGAACAGCAGCAAAAGUCCUCCAAUCCGGGUUCUAUUGGCCUACGCUAUUCAAGGAUGCCUAUUACUUGGUCCGAGAAUGUGACAGAUGCCAAAGAACAGGUAAUAUCACGAGGAGAAACCAGAUGCCACAGAAUUCAAUGUUAGAGGUAGAGCUGUUUGAUGUGUGGGGUAUUGAUUUUAUGGGACCAUUUCCACCAUCAUUCGGAAAGAACUAUAUUUUGGUGGUGGUCGAUUAUGUGUCCAAGUGGGUAGAAGCUGUAGCAUUAGCCACAAAUGAUGCUAAAGUAGUUCACAAGAUUGCAACACCGUAUCACCCUCAGACGAGUGGACAGGUAGAAGUGUCCAACAGGCAGAUCAAGCAGAUAUUGGAAAAGACCGUUAAUGCUUCUAGGAAAGACUGGGCUGUGAAAUUAGAUGACGCGCUCUGGGCUUACAGGACAGCAUUCAAAACACCUAUAGGUAUGUCUCCGUAUCAGCUUGUUUAUGGUAAAGCUUGUCAUUUGCCGCUCGAACUCGAGCACAAGGCAUUUUGGGCCACCAAAUUCUUAAACCUUGAUUCCAAAAAAGCUGAUGGUUCCCGAAUUCUCCAACUCCAUGAGUUAGAAGAAUUUAGGAACUUUGCGUAUGAGAAUGCCAAAAUAUAUAAAGAAAACAUAAAAAAAUGGCAUGAUCAGAGGAUCGAGAAGAAAGAAUUUUGGGAAGGGCAGUUUGUUUUAUUGUUUAACUCCAGGUUGAAGCUAUUCCCUGGGAAAUUAAAGUCAAGGUGGUCCGGAUCGUUCGUGGUCACGAAAGUAUUCCCUCAUGGAGCAGUGGAGGUUAAAAACCCAAGUAACGGGGAUAUUUUCAAAGUCAACGGACAGAGGUUAAAACCUUACCAUCAAGUCCAAGAGGUAGGUUUGAUUCAACAUCUUCGUCUCACAUCUUGA